AAAAUCAGGCGGGCAUGGAGGGGAGGAGCGACGCCGCCGCGAUGUCGUCGGAGCCGGUGAGGCUCAUCGGCUGCUUCGGCAGCCCGGUGGUCCACCGCGCCGAGCUGGCCCUGCGCCUCAAGGGCGUCCCCUACCAGCUCAUCGAGGAGGACCUCAACAACAAGAGCGAGCUGCUGCUCACGCACAACCCCGUCCACAAGACCGUCCCCGUGCUCCUCCACGGCGACCUCUCCAUCCCGGAGUCGCUCGUCAUCGUCGAGUACGUCAACGAGGCCUUCCCCGGCGGCCCGCUGCUCCUCCCCAGCGACCCCCUCGCCCGCGCCAACGCCCGCUUCUGGGCAACAUUCCUCGAAGAGGAGGCCUGCGCAGUUCAAGAAGCCUUUGUGGAUUGCGCUGUGGACGGACGGCGGGGCGCAGGCAGCGGCGGCAAGGGAGACAAAGGCGAACCUGACGCUGCUGGAGGCGCAGCUGCCGGAGGGGAAGAGGUUCUUCGGCGGCGACGCCAUCGGCUUCCUCGACAUCGCCGUCGGCGGGGCGCUCGCGCACUGGAUGGGGGUGGUCGAGGAGAUGGCCGGCGUGCGGCUGCUCACCGAAGAGGACCACCCGGCGCUGUGCCGCUGGGCGAGGGCGUACAGGGCCGACGAGACCGUGCGGCAGUCUCCUGAUCUUAUUAAGGGGGAGUGGGGACUGCAGACGAUACAGUAAUAUGCUUCUCCCAUGAUGUGGACAAGGCAGUGAAUGUUAAGCUGCUACUCUAUUUGUUUGAACUGAUGUCUGGGCUAA